GCCACUUCGUUCCUCCCGCAGGAGCGCAAGCCCGGCUCCUCGUGUCUUCCACGGCCGGAAGGAGGCCGUCUCCAGCGCUGCCGCCGCCGCCGGGAAGAGCGCGCGGGACGCGGGCGCUGCGGCGGCUCUCGGCGCUCCCGCGUCCCCAGGAAUUCCUCUCCGAGCAGGAAUAGCCCUUCCCUUGGGCGCCUGCCCUUCUUCCCGCGCGAGUGGGAGAGGCGUGCCCACCCGAGACCCGGCACAAUGAAGAGGCGAGAGGAGGGCUGAGCGCAGGCAGAGCGGCGCGGCCAGGGGCGCCCGACUCCCUGGGGUGGGGCAGGGUGGGGGUGGGCCGAGGCGUGGACUCCAGAACACUCGGCGACGGGGAUAAAAGGGCGGCGGCUCGCCGAGCCGCGUUGGGAAGCGCUGUCACCUCGCCCCCAGCCCCGGGAAGGGCAUGGCUCCGGCGGACUCCGGGCGCUGCUGAGUCCCGCGCUCCGGCCCCGUGCACACUCAGGGCGCACGGCUCCGGCGGGCGGCGGCCUCCGAAAGACAGGACUCGGGCAGCUGCGAACCAUGAGGCCCGACCCUAACAUUUGCUGAAGCCGAGGACACGGCUCCCCCCGGCCGUCCGCGCAUCUGCUGUUGUGGUCGCCCCUCCCCCUCGCAGAUUUCCCGGGACCACCCACCCCCGACACGAUGCCACCGUGGGCGCCCUGGCGGGCACUGUCCGUGGUGCUGAUCGUGGUCUGGGCGCGCCCUCCGGCUGCGCGCGCCUGCCCGCGCCCUUGCGCCUGCUACGUCCCCAGCGAGGUGCACUGCACGUUCCGCUCGCUGGCGUCGGUGCCGGCCGGCAUCUCCCCGCAGGUGGAGAGAAUCAAUCUCGGGUUCAACAGCAUCCAGGCUCUGUCGGAAACCUCCUUCGCGGGCCUCUCCAAGCUGGAGCUGCUGAUGCUUCACGGCAACAACAUCCCGAGCGUCCCGGACGGCGCGCUGGGAGACCUCCGCUCCCUCCAGGUUCUCAAGUUCAGCUACAACAAGCUGCGCGUGAUCACCGCGCAGACGCUGCGGGGCCUCCACGGCCUGGUGCGGCUGCACAUGGACCACAACCAGCUGGAGUUCAUCCACCCGCAGGCCUUCCAGGGCCUGACGUCCCUGCGGCUGCUGCACCUGGAGGGCAACCUGCUGCGGCAGCUGCACCCGGGCACCUUCGCCACCUUCUCCCUCCUGGGCCACUUCCUCCUGUCCGGCAUCCGGCACCUGUACUUGGCCGACAACGGGAUGCGCGGCCUCCCCGACGGGAUGCUGCGGACGUUGCCGCUGCUGGAGAACCUCUACCUGCAGGGGAACCCGUGGGCCUGCGACUGCACCAUGCGGGGGUUUGUGCGGUGGGAGGCCAAGUCCAAAGGGGUCCUGAAGUGCAAGAAGGACAAAGCCUACGAGGGCGGCCAGCUGUGCGCCCUGUGCUCCAGCCCCGAGCGGCUGCAGGGGCAGGAGCUCCAGAAGCUGAGCGACCUGGCCUGCGUGAGGCCUUCCAUCGCGUCCCCGCUGAGACACAACGCCAGCCUCGGCGGCGGCGGCAGCACGGAGGAGGAGGAGCGAGACCCGGAGCCCGAGACCGACGACCCGCCGCCCCCGGAGGGCCUGCGCUCCCCGCCGUGGAGCGUGUCCCUGAACAUGAGCGACGAGCACGGCAACACCGUGAGCUUGGCCUGCGACAUCCGGAGGCCCACGGGCCUGUACGGGCUGCACCUGAACCAGACGGACUCUCAGGAGGUGGACGUCAACGCCACCGUCGCCCUGGACUUCGAGUGCCCCAUGACGCGGGGCAAGUACGAGAAGCUGUGGAAGCUGAUCGCCUACUACAGCGAGGUCCCCGUGACGCUGCGCCGAGAGGCCGCGGCCGGCGGCGGCCCCGGGGUCGCCGCCCACUACCGACAGGACGCCGACGAGGACGCCCUGUACUACACGGGGGUCAGGGCCCAGGUCGCGGCAGAGCCUGAGUGGGUCGCCCAGCCGUCCCUGCAGCUGCAGCUGAACCGGCGCCAGAGCACAGCCGGGAAGGUGCUGCUGUCCUACUACGCGCACUUCUCCGUAACCGUGUCCGGCAAGGACGCAGGGCAGGCGCGGGCCAGGAGCUGGGUCAUGGUGGAGCCCGCCGGCGCCGGGCAGGGGGCUCAGGCCGUGUUGGAAGGGACGUCCUGCCAGCUGAGCUGCAACGUGAAGGCCUCGGAGAGUCCGUCCAUCCUGUGGGUGCUCCCGGACGGCGCGGUGCUCAGCGGUCCCACGGAGGAGCCGGACGGCAGGUUCUCCGUGCUCACCGGCGGGCGGCUGAGGAUCAGGUCCGCAGAGCGGUCGGACUCCGGCGUGUACCAGUGCAUCGCUCGGGUGACGGACGAGGCGGACCGGGCGCUCUACCGGCUUCUGGUGGAGCCUCCGGCCGCUCAGCCCUCGGGCACACCCACCGUGACUGUUCAGAAGCACCCAGGGGAGUCCCUCACGCUGCCCUGCACCGCGCCGGCCGUGCCCGACGCCCAGGUGAGCUGGAUUCUCCCGCACAAGAGGAUGAUCCACCCGUCGGCCAACGGGUCGCAGGCCUACAUGUUCCCCAACGGAACUCUGUCCAUCCCCAGGGUGCAAGCCAGGGACAGCGGCUUCUACCGCUGCGUGGCCGUCAACCAGUGGGGGGCCGACCGCUUCACGGUGGGGGUCUCCGUGACCAAGCGGGGAGCCGGCAAGCCCCCCAAACGAGGCCGGCGCCCAGGCGGGAAGAGUGCCCCGAGGCUCCGAGGGGACGUGGUGGAGGAUGAAGGAGGCUCCGGCGAGGGAGACGGAGACAGCCCUCCCAAGGACCCAGAGACAUUCCUGCAGACCGAGGGGGACGCGCACGCCAAGAAAGGGCGCCGCAAGCCGAAACCCUGGAAGCACGCCGACGGGGAGCCGGACAGCAGCGCCGCAGAGGGCCGCCGGGCGUUCGAGUCCAGACGCAGGAUCCACGUGGCCAGCAAGCAGAUCCACCCCGAGCGCUGGGCCGACAUCCUGGCCCGGGUGCGCGGGAAAACCCUCCCCAAGGGCACCCAGGGGCCCGAGGCCGCGACAAGCACCGCCCCCUCCGCGCGUCUAGACUUGGUCACCGCCGCCGCCUUGCCCGCCGUCCCUCCGCCCUCGGUGUCCCCGGUGCAGACGGCGGCCGCCGGGGCUGACGAGUCCUCGGCCGACGCGUCUCUGUUCGGGGAGGAAGAGCCGGUGUCGAGCGCCCUGUCCUCCAGCGGCCCGUGGCUGGACCGGGGCCACACAGGCGUGUCCCCGGCCGUGGCCGAAGCCACGAGCCCGGACCUGGAAGAAUUCGUCGACGAGGACUUUCCCGAGAAGCCCGAGGACCCGAUUGUCACGGAGGUUGCCUCGACGUGGCUGUCCUUUGCACCUUCUAAAGCUUCUGCUACGCCACAGGCCUGGGACGCGACCUCCAGAGAGCCCACCGCCGGUGACAACCCCGCCGCGGAAGACCGCUCUGCCGUUGCCGCGGCGCCCGUGCCAGCGCCCGGGUCCCACAAAGACGCGUCCCCUUUGGGUGCCACCACCGCCGCGUUGGCUGAAUCACAGCCCGGGACCUCCGCUUCCCCGGCGCUGGAGGUGAGUUCCCCGCCAGGGGAAGAGGCGGUGGAAGCCCAGGAUUCCCCAUCUUCGACUGCAGCCUCUCCCUUCUCCCCGGCCGAGUCCGGGACGACUGAGCCCGCUGCGGAUUUCUUCGUCUCAGGGCAGCCAGACGGCCCGGCACGAGGUCAGCGGCGACAGGAAGCCACGGACAAGCCCCCGCCGGCACAGGCCGGGUUCAGCACCCAAGCCAAGCCCCCGAGGAGAAAGGGCACCUCAAGGAGCUCUCCGAUGCCCCAGCGGCGGGGAGACGCCGCCGAGAGGCACCCCCCACGCUCCAGGGGACCCGACGGGAGGCGGCGGCAGCGUGUGGAGGCCGCCCCUCCGCCUGACUCCGCGCUGGGAGGCGGCAAGCACGGCACGGCCGCCCUGGACGGCGUCGGGGCAGCCACGCUCGGGUCUCUGCUUGGCCAGCACACCACCGCCGCCGCCGUCACCACGCCGCCGCCGACCCAGCAGGCCACGGCAGCGCCGGCGGCCACCGCCCACACUCCUCGGAGAAGACCCCACGGGCGGAGGAGGUUGCGGCCGCACAGAUUCCGGCUGCGGCACACGCAGAGCCCGCCCACGGCCGCUGCCCCGACGGAGACUUUCUCCGCCCCGCCAACCCGGGCGCCUGUCGUGAAGACCCCCGAACAAGGGGGUGCUCUGCCGCUUCCUACGUCCGGGGCGGACACGACGGCGGUCGGGACCCCGAAACCUGUGGACGUGGGGACCCGUGCGGAACACGUAACCAAGGGGAGCCCACGCAGGAAGCACGGGAAGAGGCCCAACAAGCAUCGGUCUAACGUGUCUACGGCGACCUCGAUCAUGUCUGCGCCCCAGCCUGGUCCUUCUGCAGAAAACAGGCAGGCCAGCACCGGGACCCCCAGCCCGGAGACUUCCCCCACGUCUACAACGACUUCUCUGACAACGGGGGUCCCCCGGGAGACGACCAGAGUGGCAGAUGACGUGGCCACCGCCCCCAAGACGCCCGCACCUCGUCGCGCAUCCGAACGGACCGUGCCAGCCACACCUCUGUCUGUAUCCCACGACACAGAAAUGGAGAGUUACAGUGUCCCCAACACCGACGACGGUACAACGGACAGUGUGGUCCCUGCCGCGUCAGCCAUGAACGCCGUGUCCCCUUCGGGCCCCGAGGUCCUCACCGUGGGGGCGUUUAAGGAGGAGCCCCCACCUUCUGGCUCUCCGGCACCCGGAGGCUGGGGCGCCCCCAGCCCGGCCCGGCCCGGGAGGCCGCCCACAGACGCACCGGCCACCGCAUCUUCGGAAAACCUCAGGGACGCGUCGUCCCCUUCUGGGAAAGAGGGGGAGGACAAGCACCUUCCCUCCGUAGCGUCUCCUUCCGGGGCGGCCUCUACUGUAUUUCAGCAGGAGGACGUCCUCCCUUCCACGGCUCUCUGGAGCACCGGAGCGGAGACGUCGUCACCUCAGGAGCCAGCCACCCUGAGUGGCCGGGACUUUUACGGGACCCCCACCCCCGAGGCUCCUCCUCCUCCUUCUGGGGAGAGACCGGGGCAUCCCCUUCCCCCUCCCGCCCCGGCGGGAGACCCAGCAUCCCCAGCGCUGCCCACGACGCGCGCGGCUGUCGCGCAGACCACCACGGAGCCCGCCGCUCUCACGCCCACGGCAGCUCCGAUGCCCACGGGCUCCAGGGAGAAUGCCUUCGUCAGUCACGGGGGGCUCCCAGACGCCCACGCAGCCCCGGGGAACACCCCGGGGACACAGCCUCCGUGGAGAACGCAGGAACUAUCCGCCCCGUCGCCCAGGGAGCAGGAGGAUGUUACGUCAACUCCAGCGCGAGGGUUAGGGAAGGAAGCCCUGGACGAGAGCUCCAGAAACACCCUUCCGCACGGCCCGGACCCUCGCCGCCAGGACGGGAGGGGCCACGGGUUUCACCCACCGACCAGGGUGCCCCCCAGAGGGACCGCGAGGCCGCCUCCCACGACCACACAGAGCCCCUCCCGGCGCACGGCGACUCCACGGCCCCCUCGUUUCUUCACCAAUAAACCGGGAGUGACUGCGUACCCUUCGAGGGUGCUGCCGACGAGGACGCACUCGGGGACCCCCAAGCCCCCGGGUCCCGCCACCCCGGCCGGCCCGUGGCCCAGCUCCAGGCCUGGCAUCCCGCCUGACCGACUCCACGGCAACUCCCGGGUGCUGGGGAGCAGCAACAGCCUGCCGGACCUGAGGGACCCCGUGGGCCAGCUCCCCAGCGCGCGGGCGCCUCACGCCUCUGGCCGCGGCGGCUUCCCUCUCCGCUUCAACAGGACUUUCUCUCUCCCGCUGCUGGGGGUCACGGUCAAGCCCCCAGCCCCAACCUCCCCUGCCCCGGCGACGGCAGACAGGAGAGCCCACCCGAACCCCUACAACAGGAUCCAUGCCCACGGCGGCAGCCACCUGGACUUCGGCCCCCCCGCACCGCCAAUGCUGCCCCGCCCCCGCUCGACGGCCCCACCCUCCCGCCACGCGCACGACCUCCCUCGGGUGCCCCCCACCCGCAGCCCCCUGCCCUUCGUGACAUCCGCCGGCCCGCCUUCCAGAAGCUUCCAUCAGAGCAGCCCGAAGCUGUUCUCGGCCGCGGGGCCGCCUGCCUCCAAACUCUGGACGCUCGGGGAGAAGCCGCAGAUAGUCACCAAGUCCCCGGCGACUGUGUCCGUCACGGCGGAGACCGACGUGGUGCUGCCGUGUGAGGCCACAGGGAAUCCCCAGCCCUUCGUCACCUGGACCAAGGUGUCUACAGGCGCCCUCAUGACCCCCAGCACCAGAGUGCAGCGCUUCGAGGUGCUGAAGAACGGCACCUUCGUCAUCCGCAAGGUGCAGCCGCAGGACCGGGGCCAGUACAUGUGCACCGCCAAAAACCUGCACGGCGCCGACAGGACGGUGGUGCUGCUGUCCGUCACGGUGCAGCAGCCGCAGAUCCUGGCCUCCCACUACCAGGACGUCACGGUCUACCUGGGGGACACCAUCGCCAUGGAGUGUCUGGCCAAGGGGACGCCGGCCCCGCAGAUCUCCUGGAUCUUCCCCGACCGGAGGGUGUGGCAGAACGUGUCCCCCGUGGAAGGCAGGGUCACGCUGCACGAGAACCGCACCCUGUCCAUCAAAGAGGCGUCCUUUGCAGACAGGGGCGUGUACAAGUGCGUGGCCAGCAACGCGGCGGGCGCCGACAGCCUGGCCAUCCGCCUGCACGUGGCGGCGCUGCCCCCGGUCAUCCACCAGGAGAAGCUGGAGAACAUCUCGCUGCCCCCGGGGCUCAGCAUCCACAUCCACUGCACCGCCAAGGCGGCGCCCCUGCCCAGCGUGCGCUGGGUGCUCUGGGACGGCACCCAGAUCCGCCCUUCGCAGUUCGUGCGCGGGAACCUGUUCGUCUUCCCCAACGGCACGCUCUACAUCCGCAACCUGGCGCCCAAGGACAGCGGGCGCUACGAGUGCGUGGCGGCCAACCUGGUGGGCACGGCGCGCAGGGCCGUGCAGCUGACCGUGCGGCGCGCCGCGGCCAACGCGCGCAUCACGGGCACGUCCCCGCAGAGGACCAACGUGCACUACGGCGGGACCCUGCGGCUGGACUGCAGCGCCUCCGGGGACCCCUGGCCCCGCAUCCUCUGGAGGCUGCCCAACAAGCGCAUGAUCGACUCGCUGUUCAGCUUCGACACCAGGGUCACGGUGUUCGACAACGGGACGCUGGUGGUGAGGUCCGUCACCGACAAGGACGCCGGGGAUUACCUGUGCGUGGCCCGGAACAAGGUGGGCGACGACUUCGUGGUGCUCAAGGUCAACGUGGUCAUGACGCCGGCCAAGAUCGAGCACAAGGAGGAGAGGGACCACAGGGUCUUCUAUGGCGGGGACCUCAAGGUGGAUUGCGUGGCCUCGGGGCUCCCCAACCCCGAGAUCUCCUGGGGCCUCCCCGACGGCAGCCUGGUCAGCUGGUUCAUGCAGUCGGACGACAGCGGCGGGCGCACGAAGCGCUACGUGGUCUUCCACAACGGCACCCUCUACUUCAACGAGGUGGGCAUGCACGAGGAGGGGGACUACACCUGCUUCGCCGAGAACCAGGUCGGCAAGGACGAGAUGACCGUGCGCGUCAAGGUGGUCACGGAGCCGGCCGCCAUCCGCAACAAGACCUACUCGGUGGUCCACGUGCCCUACGGGGACGUGGUCACCGUGGCCUGCGAGGCGAAAGGGGAGCCCACGCCCAGGGUCACGUGGCUGUCUCCCACCAACAGGCUGAUCCCGGCCUCCUCCGAGAAGUACCAGAUCUACCAGGACGGCACGCUGCUCAUCCAGAAGGCCCAGCGCGCCGACGGCGGCAACUACACCUGCGUGGUCAGGAACAGCGCGGGCGAGGACAGGAAGGUCGUGUGGAUCCAGGUCGACGUGCGGUCGCCCAGGAUCAACGGGAACGCCGACGCCAUCACCACCGUGCGGGAGAUCGCCGCCGCGGGCAGCCGCAAACUCCUCGACUGCCGGGCGGAAGGCGUCCCCGCCCCGAAGGUGUUCUGGGCCUUCCCGGAAGGCGUGGUCCUGCCGGCCCCGUACUACGGGAACCGGGUCACCAUCCACCGCAACGGCACGCUGGACAUCAAGAGCCUGCGCACCAGCGACUCCGUGCAGCUCACCUGCAUCGGGCGCAACGAAGGCGGCGAAGCCCGGCUCAUCGUCCAGCUCACCGUCUUGGAGCCCCUGGACAAGCCCGUGUUCCACCACCCGGUCAGCGAGAAGAUCACCGCCAUGGCCGGCCACACCAUCAGCCUCAACUGCUCGGCCGCGGGGAGCCCGGCCCCCACGCUCACGUGGGUCCUGCCCAACGGCACGGAGCUGCGCAGCGGCCAGCAGCUGCUCCGCUUCUACCACAAGCGCGACGGCGUGCUCCACAUCGGCGGCCUGUCGGCGGCGGACGCCGGGGCGUACCGCUGCGUGGCCCGCAACGCCGCCGGCCACUCGGAGCGGCUGGUGUCCCUGAAGGUGGGGCUGAAGCCGGAGCCGAGCAAGCGCUACCACAACCUGCUGAGCAUCAUCACCGGGGAGACCCUGCACCUGCAGUGCCCGUCCCCCGGCGGCAGGCCGGCCCGCUUCUCCUGGACGCUGCCCAGCGGCGCGGCGCUGCAGGGGCCCCAGACCCGGGGACGCUUCUCCCUGUGGGACAACGGCACCCUGACCGUGCGCGAGGCCUCCGUGUUCGACCGGGGCACCUACGCCUGCAAGGCGGAGGGCGAGCACGGCCCGUCGGUCAUGCACUUCCCCGUCAUCGUCAUCGCCUACCCGCCCAGGAUCACCAGCGAGCCCACGCCGGUCAUCUACACGCGGCCCGGCAGCACCGUGAAGCUGAACUGCCUGGCCAUGGGCGUCCCCAAGGCCGAGAUCACGUGGGAGCUGCCCGACAAGUCCCGCCUGACCGCCGCCGCCGGGACGCAGGCCCGCGCGCUGGGCCACCGGUUCCUGCACCCCCAGGGCUCGCUGACCAUCCAGCAGGCCACGCAGAGAGACGCCGGCUUCUACAAGUGCACGGCCAAGAACCUCCUGGGCACGGACACCAAAACGACUUACAUCCACGUCUACUGAACCCCCCGCCCCCC